AUGGAUCGCCUUGGAGUGGAUGAGAAUGCGCAGGAUGGUUCUGUGUCCAACGACGUCAAGGAACGGAUAGCCAAGUUGAGGCGAGCACUGUCUCAGAGCAACACUUUUCUGCGCAGCUCCUUCAACUUCUUGAAAAGUGCCCUGGACAAACGAGCGGGUCUGAAUGAACGUGCCAGCAUGCAGUUUUCAACUGCUGCCUUGCUUGGACAGGAGCCUCAAGAUCAUGGCUUCUCAGCAACCUCGACAGCGCCUCCAGCUUUGCGAUCCGUCCAGCGCGCUCUUUCAGCCGACUCUCUCGAAGUCUCCCCUGAGAAGCUUGCCGCCUGUAAGAGAUUGAACGUUGGAAGUGAAAGUUCGACUUCGGAGGAAGAGCAGGAGUUGGGUGCUCACAACACGAAAAGGCAGGUGGGAACAGAAGAGAAACUGAUUGCUUCCCCGCAAAAAGUUCCUGCAUCACAAUCUUGUGAGAAAGGCUUUGAGGCUCAACUCUUGAUAAGAUUCGAGUCUGUUCGAGAGAUAGAGCAGGGAGCUUCAGCAGAAAGCAAUCAGCAAGAAGGGCCCACUCUGUCGAGCAGGAAGCGGAAAGAGCUUCGUGUUACGACCAGGAAGGAAGACAUCGUCACUGUUCAGGAAGACGAGCAGAUGGACACUCCAAGCGAAAGACUUUGCACACCCCCAAGAAGUCCUCAAAUUGGUCCAGGGGUAGUUGAGGCGGUAGACGUCGAGAGGAGACUGCACGAGAUAGAAUCUUGGCACGUCAAGGAGUUUGCGAAACUGCAGUCCCAGAAGAUGGAGUUGCUGACAAGCAUGCGGAAGAAAGAUGAUGAGCUUCUUCAGACAAGACAAGAGCUGUUAAGAGCUGCCCAAAGCGAAAGAGAAGCCCUCAUGGUUGCAUUCGAAGAGGAAAGGAAGAGAGUCCUUCCCUCGGUCAAGCAUCCGACGCUCCAUCGUUCCAGCCAUCUUGGAAACGAGAUUAGACAUGUGGUGCAGGAGACCCUUUCUCAAAACGGUCCUGAAGCGAGUGCUGUCAGUCCGGCAUGUAUGCUUACCGGAAGUGGGGACUUCACGCAGCACUACGCUCAAGAAGCUCAAGGAAUCUUUCUCCAAACUCCGCCAGCUUUCAGCGGACCGCCAAAAAAACUCCAUUCCAGUGGGCAGCUGGAGACCAAGGCUGGUUCUGACGGUGAUUUUGAAUCAGUUUGUCAGCGUCUCACUUCAUCAGAGACUCUCUGCCAAAUAGCAAUGAGAUUAGCCAGUUGGAGACUGAGUCAGCUAGAGACGCGGCUGUUCCUCAAGCAGAACGCCGAGAAGCUGAAUGAACAGCACCAUCUGCAAGCAGGAAGAGCCGCGCUUUUCUGCUUGUUUCUUGCCUCAACCUCCGCCUUGUGCAGGAGGCAAGCGAAGGAUGAAGAGACUCAGACCUCGUCCGAUGCCUUGUUUCCGCUGGAGGAAGAGUGUGAAAGAGCACUAAGGGAGAAUUUGGCGAAGUAUAGCGAAGAACGAGAAGCUCAGUGGAAGCUUGCAGAUUACCAACUCGUGAGAGCGCACCAGCAGGAGUCCGAGCAGCUGAAGAAGGCGGCGCAACAGUCAAAGCUGCAGGCGGAAGCUGAAGCAGAAAGCAAAUGGGAAGCGACGGUCCAGAAGCUGCAGACGGAUCAAGCUUUUGCAAUCAAAGCGAUGGAGUCGGUGGAGACCGAAAAGGCGCGGAUGACGGAACAGCUGCAAGGGGAGCUCCGUGAGGAGGUGAAGAGGCUCGGCCUUCUCGUCAGCACGAAGGAGGCAGAGCUGAAGACCAAAGAAGCCCUCCGAGCGGCUGCCCGUGCAGAAGCGGACGAACUGUACAUGAAGAAAGACAUGCAAGAGGAGCAAGUCGAGAAGAUGAAGGGGCGGUGGAGCAAACGGGAGCAAGAGCUGGAGGCAGAGCUGGCUGAACUCAGAGGCCGAGGCGCAAGAGAAGAGGCGGGCAAAGAUUCCAUUCCGGAUGCAGCCUCAGUGACCUCUUUUGAGGCAGCCAACUGGGAGGACGAGAGACAGACAAUGCUGGCGGAACAGACACGGGUCGUUCUUGCUGCUCAAGAGGCGCUGGAGAGUACGAUCUCGAACCACGAACAAGAGAAGCGAGAGAUGCUGGCGGAGCAUGCGCGCGCUCUUGAAGAGGCACGUGCCGAAGCGGAGGAGUGGAAGCAGGAAAAAGCGCUGCUGCUAGAGAAGCGUCAGAAGGAACUGUCACAAGCCGUCACGGAGGCUACUGCCCGCCUGAGAGGAGAGUGGUGGAGGGAGCGGGAAAAUCUAGAGGACCGGGCACAGCAGUCGCAAAGGCUGGCGAGAACCUUGAGCGACGACGUCGAGAGGAAAAGUGCAAUGCAAGCUGCCAUGCAGAGGAAGCUGUCUCGUCUUGAAGCCGACAUGAUCACCCUCGCGAUUGCCAGGAAGACCGCAGAAGAAGCUGCACAGAAGGCGGAGGGAGAGCUUGCGGCGGCAGUUGAGAAGUACAAGGCCGAAUGGAACGAGAGGAAGAGGAUCUACAACCAGCUGCAAGAACUCCGCGGCAACAUCCGCGUCUUCUGUCGCAUCCGGCCCCUGCUUCCGGACGAAGUGACGAAGAAGCAGCCGUCCUCGGUGACGCUGCUGGAAGGCCACAGCGUCGCCGUGCUCAAUCCCGCCACCACCCGCAGCCAGACGUUCGACUUCGAUCGGGUGUUGGGCGAGCACUCAUCCCAGGCCCAAGUAUUUGAGGAGGUGGAAGGGGUUCUCACGUCGGUCUUGGACGGCUUCCACGUGUGCAUCUUUGCCUACGGACAGACCGGCUCCGGCAAGACGUUCACCAUGACCGGCUCGUCUUCCGACCCGGGCAUCAACCCGCGCGCGCUGACGUGCCUCUUUGAGAAGGCCCUCGAGCGCGCCCCAAGCUGGGAGUACAAGAUCGAGGUGUCUGCGCUGGAGAUCUACAACGAGAGCGUCCGCGACCUGCUGGCGCCGAAGAAGGGAAACUCUCAGGAGCACGCGCUGGAGAUCAGGCAGGGCCCCGAGGGAGUGCACGUGCCGGGAGCGACGCGCCUGGAGGCCCAGGAUCUGAGAGACGUCCUGAAGGUCCUGCACCACAGCAUGGCCGCGCGCACCACCACGGCAACAGGGAUGAAUGAACAGAGCAGCCGCUCUCACGCAAUCCUCCUCGUCUCCGUCGUUGGAAGUAGUAGCGACGGCAGCCAGCAAACUCACGGGAGGCUUGUCCUCGUCGACUUGGCUGGCAGUGAGCGGCUCAACAGGACGGCCGUGUCGGAGGCCCUGCAGUUGAAGGAGACGCUGGCCAUCAACAAGUCACUUUCCGCGCUCGGUGACGUCAUCCAUGCGCUUGCGAGGAAGGCCAAGCACGUGCCGUACCGGAACAGCGCCCUCACCUUCCUGCUCCAGGACUCUCUGAGCAGGGAUGCAAAAGUGAUCAUGAUGGUGCAAGCAAGUCCCGCCGCCGACGAUGCUGCUGAGUCCAUCUGCUCCCUGACGUUCGCCGGGCGAGCUCGCGCAGUCGAGUUUGGCCCAGGCAAGAAGCGCGCGAGCGGAGACCCGCUGUCGCCCGGAUCGGCCUCAAAGCGCACCCCGGUCAGCGCGCGCACUCCGCCGACAUCCCCCCCACACGCAAGCGUGAUGUCACCCACCCGCAACUUGCCUCCAAGUGCGCCCAGAACCGCGCCAUUUGGCAGCGGCAGGAAGAACGUCCGCAACGGGGAACCGACCGCCGCCGUGGAGGGGUCUCAGGGCUUCGGACGUCCGGCAAGAAGCGAGCCAGUUCGGUCGAAUCCAAGCCCCAAGGAGAGCAUAGCCGCGCAGCCGGCCGCGGUGCGAGUGGCGAAGACGGUCAGAAUCGACUCAAGCGGAAGGUACUCCAACCCGUGUUCCCCAGAACCGGAAGAGGAGGGCUUGAGCCUGGAGACGGCUCUGUCGGAGAUGCAGGAGUGCGCGAGCCCCAACCCGAUGAUCACCCCCACCCCUGCAAAGUUCCUGGUCACGGAGCCUAACCUGGAAGAGGAGAGCGGGUCCUCGGCAAAGCGGCAGCUGGUCUUUUCGGCAGAGGCGCAGACCUGGGAAGGCGCAACGGGUCUCAAGGGCGGGUCUGAGCCUGCAACGGUGGCGUCUUUCUCCGAGGUUGGUGUGGCCCUCGCGGAAGAGCUCAACUUAGCUGACGUGGACCCGAUCGCGCUGGAGGGGGCCGACGAUGAUCUUGUUGGAGGCGGGGAGCUUGCGCUGAAGAAGGGGGCAGAGGAAAAUGUUCAGCGCGAGCAGCUCUCCCAGCCUGUUGUGGAGAUGGCAGAGGAGGAGAAAGCGGCGGAGGACAGUGCCGAGCGGAACGAGGGUGACAAAGACGCGAAGAGAGAGGAAUUGAUGGACACAGGAACGGGGCUUCCGGAAACGAGUCAGGAACCAGAGGCAGACGAGAAGCCGGCUGACUCACGUGAUGACGUAAAUCUGAAGGGAGCCUUGCUUCGCAAUUCGGACGCGCCUAUCGAGCAUAUUGAAUUCGGCGCUUUGGCUGCUUCUAACCUGAGCAGUGGCAGCCCCAACAAGCCCGGGCGUUCGGUUGCAAAAGCGAUGGGCGCAUCUACUACCUCUUCUCAAGCAAGAAAGAAGCCGCGGCCUGAUGACGAUGUGGAGAUUGACCCGGCACGCUCUCCAACAAAAAACUCAGCCGGCGACGGGUCCAUCACAUCACCUGCAAAGGCCAACAUAAGUCGUUCGGCAAUCAAGUCGCCUAUCCAGAGCAAGGUAGUUCUUUCAAGGAAAGUGUCCUUCAAAGUAGAUGGCAACAGCUUGUUGAAGAGCAUCUAA